CGUGGUCAGUGGGCAGCUACUGCGCAGGUUUCUGCGUGACCCUGCGAUCUUGCUGUGCGCGCGCUGCCAUGGCUGCGGUCAGGGCUUUGGUGGUGUCAAGGCUGACGGCAACCUCCACUUUCGGUUCGCUCCCCAGCCGCCUGCGCGUGUGCGGCCCUUCACGGCUCCGCGCCGCGCCCCGGGGCCAAGGUCGCGCUGGUGCUGUCAGGAUGCGGAGUCUACGAUGGGACCGAGAUCCACGAGGCCUCGGCGAUCCUGGUGCACUUGAGCCGGGGAGGGGCCGAGGUCCAGAUCUUCGCUCCUGAUGUUCCUCAGAUGCAUGUGAUUGACCAUACCAAGGGGCAGCCUUCUGAAGGCGAAACCAGGAAUGUCUUGACUGAAUCAGGAAGGAUCGCCCGUGGCAAGAUCACUAGCCUGGCUGAACUGCGUGCAGCCAACCACGAUGCUGCCAUCUUUCCUGGAGGCUUUGGAGCUGCCAAGAACCUGAGCACUUUUGCUGUAGACGGGAAAGACUGCAACGUCAAUAAAGAUGUCGAACGUGUCCUGAAAGAGUUCCACAAAGCUGGGAAGCCCAUCGGCCUGUGCUGCAUCGCCCCUGUCCUGGCAGCCAAGGUGCUCAGAGGUGUCGAGGUCACCGUGGGCCAUGAGCAGGAGGAAGGAGGCAAGUGGCCCUAUGCUGGAACCGCAGAGGCCAUCAAGGCCCUGGGUGCCAAACACUGUGUGAAGGAAGUGACCGAAGCUCACGUGGACCAGAAAAACAAAGUGGUCACAACACCGGCCUUCAUGUGCGAGACUGCACUCCACCACAUCCAUGAUGGGAUCGGGGCCAUGGUGAAGAAGGUGCUGGAACUUGCCAGAAAGUGACGCCACACUGCAGGGGCACAGCUCAGUGCCGUGGACUGGCAACCUGUUUUUGUCCUUAGAAUGUGGCAGGAAUUAUUUUUCUGCUUAAGUAUGUAGGCAUUUCUACCUAAGAAGGGGACUUUGCGUGUAUUGGGGAGGGGGGCGUUGGUGGGAGACAGUUCAAUUCAUCCUCAGCUCGGCCUAUCUUCCUUUCCUGUGGAGUAGGAGUCAGCGUCCACACAGUGGGAGCCGUGGCUCUCGGAAACGCAGCCGCUUGCCUCACCGUGUGUCCUGAAGAUUCAGAUCAGAAACAGCUGCUUCAGGAAGAGGGGCAGCUACUGUCCUAUAGCCUUAGAUUCAGUGGUUCAGGGUGCUUAGUUUUAGGGAGAAAAAAUGUUUUAAAUACAAAUCAGGGAACUAGAAAUACUUUUAGUUCGUGAGUAAAGAAAGACCUCUACUGUGAAGUAAAUAUGUGCUCAUCAAAGUAAGGGGAUUUCUAUUGCAGUUAGUCCCAUUAGCCACAGUGAGUAAACUCAUUUCCAAACUGGAAACUUCUGACAGCUACAUUUCAGCCUUCUGAAACUGGUAAAUGAGGACUCUAAUUAGGUUUCUUAAAUGAGCCUUGGUUCUCUUAGUUUUCAGGAAGAAAGGGAAAUUGCAGACGCUCAGCCUCUAUGAUUGACCUCCUGGGUGGAGACUGGAAAGUGAUCCCAGGCCGUGGAAUUUUUAGGUCGCAGUGGCUCACAGAAUACUUAUAAAGAAGGGAAAAUAAAGUACUUGGAUACCAUGCU